CCUGCAGGCUGCUGGCUGUGUGUCAGUGACCGCAGUGAAAUCCGAGCUGCUGGAUUUCGGGAUGUUUUACGGAACAAAGUCCCGUUAAAAGGCGGAUCCACCUCCAAACCGAAAACGAGAAGAAAAGAAGCUUUUGAUUUUUUUCUUCUUCUCCUCCUGACGGGAACAGACGCUAUGGCUGAAGAUGUCUGUGAAUCCUGAUUCUGUUUUCUUGACAUCACGAAAUUCCAGGACUUCCUGUGUCUUCCAAACACUCGAUGAGAAAGAUGACGUCUCUGCAGUUGGUGAGGACAGUGUCCUGGAGAUGCUGAGCUACUCCAAAUUGUGGGACCUGGAGACGUGGCUCUGCAUGCCAUCCACAUUGCUGCUGCCCAGAAGUCUGGACACCGUAUCCAUGCGCACCUCCUGCUCUCUUCCUGUCUCCUCCUCCAUCUACCGCUGUUCCACCUGCAGUGAGCCGGAAAACAUGGCCGCCCUGCUCAGGUCACCUGAUAAACGGGGCGUGGUUCUGACUCCUGCGCUGGCCACACCCCUUGUCCCUGUCCUGUCCUCGACCCCUGCUUCUGGGGUAAUGCGGACAUCUGGGACCUCAGGGAGAGACUCCGCCUCUCAGUGUGGAGUCGUUCGGAAACGCCGGCGUCUCACUGCCAGUCCCGGAGGACUUCGCUGGAAUUCUGCAGGUUCAGUGCAGCGUUAUUUCUGGUCACCGGAGCCGCCUGCUACAUCACACGGGAACGUGGCAGGAGGCAGCAGGGAAGCCAGGCGCCUCCCUGUGAGAGACGAGGGCAGGUCACCUGUGGGCGAGCGAGCGGCACUGAGGAAAACCGUGUCGGUUGAUGACCGUCUGCUGCAGCUGGCAGGUGGAGAACAUCAGCUGAAGCUACUGAGUCGCCUGGAGAGAGGCCGCAAGAAGCUCUGCAACAUCAGCAGCGUGUGGACCGCCGGCUCGUAUGACUCCAGGAACCAGGCGGACAAUAAGAUCUCACGGUUGGCUCGUAGGUGGAACCAGAGGACUGCAAGAGAAGCUCUGAUCCAAGACCUGAACCCGCUGUUUUACUCGCCAAUCUCUCGAACCUCACUCAGCCUGGACAGACGCUUCCCCAUUAUGUCCCAGCAGAUGCAGAACCUGCAGCUGUCCCAGACCAGGAAGUGCCCCGGUGGGCUGACCUCUCCAAAUGCCGCCAAGCGUCUGUACCGUAACCUGUCAGAGAAGCUCAGAGGAAGCACCUCCUCCUUUGAGGAUGGCUACUUCUUCGGCAAAUCGGACCGCCUUCGUAAAGUGUCGACCAUGCAGAGCAGCGACUGUAUUUUUGAGGCAGUGGAGCAGCAGGACCUGGACAUGGUGCAGCUUCUGCUCUUCCAGUUCACCGCAGAGGACCUGGACCUGAACACGCCAAACAGCCAGGGCCUGACGCCGCUCGACAUCGCCAUCAUGACCAAUAACACGCCAAUCGCUAAACUGCUACUGAAAGCUGGCGGCAAAGAGAGUCCCCACUUUGUGAGCGUGGAGAGUCGCGAGGCACACCUGAACUCGCUGGUGAUGGAGGCGGAACGUCGGGCGGAGGAGCUGGCGGCUCAGGCUCAGAGGGACGGCCUCUCUCUGGAGGCGUGUCACAAAGACAAAGCGCUGAGAGCGUGGGAGUGGAGGAGCAAGCUCUACAAACGCAUGAGGACGGGUUUCCAGCACGCACGUGUUCCAGAGGCGCCGUCGAUGGUCCGACUGAGCGUGAGCAGCAGCACCUCACUCACCGUCACCUUCCAGGAGCCGCAGUGUCUCAACUCUGCUGUGGUCACCAAGUACAGAGUGGAGUGGAGCUGUUUGAAGGAUUUCUCGCUGCUGGCUGGAGAUGCGCUACUGGAUAACCUGCAGUCCUUGAAAUUCACCAUCAGCGGCCUGAGCACGGGUCGGCUGUACUAUGUCCGGUUGUCGGCGUAUAACAUGAAAGGCUGGGGUCCGUACGCUUCCUCCCUCCCUCCAUCUGCAGCUCCGUCUGAAUGGAGAGAAAUUGACGGUCGAGAGCCUAAAAGACAAGGUCACAUCGAGGCCAUGGAACGUCUUCUGCAGCAGGUCCGAGCCACGCACACCCACUUCUGCUGUGGAGACUCCUCCAAGCUGCAGAACCCCAGCAGAAAACAGUCUGUCUCUAGAAGUCUCAAACAUCUCUUCAACUCCUCCAAUAAAUUUGUGAAAACCCUCAAAAGGGGGAUCUACCUGGCGGCGGUCUUCUACCAUAAGGACAGUUUGCUGGUGACGGCGGAGGAGCAGAUUCCCAUUGUGGAAGUGGACGACUCCUACAGCAGCUCCCUCAUGCAGGACUUCAUGUGGUUCACUAAGCUGUCCUGUAUGUGGGAGGACGUGCGAUGGCUCAGACAGAGCAUGUCCGUGUCCAUGUCCUCCUCGUCCACACUGCAGGCGCGCCACAAGAUGCUCACUGCCGCUGGACAGCUGCAAAACCUCCUCGGAACGCACAACUUGGGGCGGGUCCACUACGAGCCCAUCAAAGAUCGCCAUGGCAAUGUGUUGCUGGUGACCAUCCGUGACAUGGAGAGCCAGCACUCGCUGUUCAGCGGGAAGUGGAUGCAGGUGACUAAACUACAGAGCCAGAGGAAGAGCCUGUCCACGCCCGAGGAACCGUAUGCCCUGGAUAUCCUCAUCAUCACCAUGCAGGACAUUUUAGCGUAUCAUCGGCGCAGCAUGCACCGGUUAGCUCCGGGCCUCUACCUGGGAUACCUGAAGCUCAGCAGCUCCGUUGACCAGAUCAAGGUGCUGGUAUCCCAGCGGACCCCAAACAUGCUGUGCCACACCCGGAUACGAGAGAAUGCCAAUGUCUCCAGAGAGGAGUGGGAAUGGAUCCAGACUCUGGCGGCUGUAGGUGAGAAAGACCAGACCGUGCAAGCCAGCGAAUGUGCGGAGCCCAGAGCAGAAAGCCACGCCCCUUUACUCUUCUAUGAGCUGCAGAUUGCAAUCAAAUCCCUGUUGAAACAAAUGAACCUACCUCUGCCCCAGGCUCAGCACUUUCGUCUGUACAGUCAGGAAGUGGUGGAACUUGGUCAUGGCGUCUCUUUUCUGCUGCUGCUGCCGGCCGCCGAUGAUGUUUGCUCCGUCCCCGGCCAGACGAACCCCUACACCACUUUGUCCGGAUUUCUCCACCUCCGUCUACAAAUGUUUGAACUCGUUCACUUUUGCACCUACAAAGAAAAGUUCAUCAGUCUGUACUGCCGUCUGUCUUCGGUACUGGACUUGGACGCCCUCAUUACCCAGCAGACAUUGCGGGAAGCCAUUACUGACACCGAGGUGGCGACAGCAAAACAGAGGCACCAGCUGAUCCUGGACUACAUCCAGCAAGUGGACGAGAUGAGGCGUGACCUUCGCUGGAUCAUGGAUGUUCUGCAGUACGCUCGCUACAAGCAGCCUUGCAGUGGUGUUCCCAUCACCUGCCUGGUGGACGUCACUGCAUCAGAGAGCGGCUCUGGACAGCAGAAGACUGACUCCACUUCGUCAAACAUGGACUGCCUGCCCACGCCUUCACCCUCACCUGAACCCCGAAGGAGGAAAGCCGUCAGUGACUCCCAGUUUGGCUUGGAUGAAGAUGGAUUAUCUGAGGUUUUCCUGCCUACAGACAGCGACUAUGACUCCAGCGAUGCCCUGAGCCCCCGUGAUUUAGACCUGCUCUACUCGCCAACCCAGGAACUAUCCCUCCAGGCUGUGCAUUCACUAUGUGGCAGCGCUCCAGAUGUGCUCCAGCUCCAUGAGCUCAAGUAUGGUGCCUGCCUGUCCAAAGAGCUCCCCCUUUCUCCUGUGCUGAAGGAUCCUAAAUCUGACGCUCAUCUGUUCUCAUCCCGAACUGCUCACUCUCCCUCUCAGUCUAAAGACUGCCCCUUCUCAGCCUCCACUUUGCCUCGCUCUCCUUCACUCUCCAAAACCUUCCCAGCCUCGCCAUCCGUCCCUCUGUCUCCCACAAUUUCCAAAGACCUCCCGCUAUCUCUUCCACUUUCGCCGGGACUGUCAGACACGACCAAGACUAUGGAGGGAUUAUCGCUAUCCAAGAGCAACCAGGAGAGUAACCCAGCUGCCACACCUGUGAGGUCUUUGCCCAACCCCCCUUCCAAACGCAAACUACUAUCUAGGAGCCACGGGGGCCAGUACUUCAGCGGGCCACAGCGCUGGCUCAGGGGCUACAGUGGUGAAAGCCACACGGGGUCCUUGUCUGAGGGCAUCUACACAAAGCAGGACCUGGAUCUGCCUGUGCCCUCCCCACAGUGCACCACCUACGUAAGCCAGGCCUCCUGUGUGCUGGAGAACCGGAAGAGCCGACACAGGGAGCAGAGACCCCAUGUUCGGCGGAUCUUCAUAGAACCCUGUAGGGAGCUGUCUCCCAGCCAUGAGAGGACGAGCUGGCAGGAAGACGAGGAAGGAGUGACGACACAGAUGAAAACCUCACCUGUGUCCGUGGUGGUGGCACACGCAGAGUCUGAAGGGGAAGAGCAAGAAGAGGCCACAGGACUAGAUGUAGACUCAGAUGACCAAACUGACACCCAGGUUUCAGAGAUACUCAUUAGCACCCUCUAGAGACUAAAGGGAAAGUUGCUGGUUCAACUCUGCCAAGCCUCAGAACUCAUGGCAUCGACUGUUACAAGAAACCGAGCACUGCUUCUCCAACCAGGAACUUUGCACACGACCAAAAACUGCAGCUUGAGAACGUUUUGCUUUUAGCUUCUGGCAAAUUAAAAUUGGAUUAUAUUUCUUAUUUUCGUCUGCACGUGGAUUCUUUACCGGAUGUGAAUGUAGUUUGGUUCUGUGUGGUCGCCAUUAUUUUGAGCCGCUCUGAGUCCCGACAUGGUCAAAUAUAAAAACGCUAUUGAUAAUAUGUCGGCCGUAUCCCGGAAACGUGAUGUGCCUCAGUCACAUGAUGCAUACUACGAGUAACCUUAAAAGUAUUUUUCUACUACAGAUGUAGUAUUUUACUUGGAAUGUUCCUGAGUAAUCCCAGCUGUACUUUGUAUAGGCAUGAAGUCAUUUUGUUUGUUUGUCUGCUUGUUUGUUUUCUUGACUGAAACUUUGUGCCUCCUCCUGGUUCAGCAUGAUGGGCUCAGGGGUCACUGUACGGUUCAUGCCGUUGUUUCUUCUGUGUUUUUGUUUUCUUAUGUUGGAUUGUUGAAGGUUGUUGUGUUAAAUGUUUUUUUUUUUGUCAGACGUAUGAACACAUUCCUGAAGUAUGCACAUUUGAAAAGUAUAUUUUUAAUUUUUGCACAUACUAAUUUAUUAGUAUGGAAUUUAGAGCUAAUUGAGGUCAUUUGGGCAUUAACGGUGGCAGCUUAUAACAGGAAAGACGGUGAAACACAUUUCAUAGGUUUUUGAGUGUAAAUUUACAGGGGUUUUUUUUGGAAUGUGUUUGGAAAUGUCGAAUGGAUUUCACAAUGCACUUAAAAAAAAAAAAAAAAAAAGGAAGCUAACGGCGUACAUCAGAACUCUUAAGGAAGCCUGAUAAUUUUUUUUUUUUUUUCUAAAUCUAGUAUUAAGUUAGGAAGCCAGAACAUUGUGUCUGGAAUUGACCUAAUAAGAAUCAGAACCGAUCGCUAAAAAGGUGUCAGCAGCGUAAAUACAUCUGCAAAUCUGCUGUCAUUUCACGGCUUAAUGAGUCUUUGUAGUGAGACAGAUUAGCCAACUAGCAUGCUAGCUUGUUUACUCUGCAAAUAAAAGUUACUUGAUGGGAAUGAAUCUGUAGUAUCAAGACUUGUGGUUAGGAGAGAAAACACAGAAACACCUCAUAGGUUUUUAGUUUUGUUCCUGUCCAAAAUUUGACCGUUAAA